ACGACCGCGCAACAAUGGCGAUGGGCAAGAGUCUCCGCGUCUACGAAAAGCUAGAUUCUCCCAAACCGCACUCGGUCAUACUCGAACAGCGGGGCCGCAAGGAGACGCUGCUCUUCGAAUCGCAGGCAAUCGCAGUCCUUUCUGCCGAGGAGCACGAGUUUCUAAAACCGAAAUAUACUAAAUUAUUGGACGCGUACGGAUGUCUGGGUGUUCUACAGCUGAAUGCAGGCGAGAACACUCUGUUAUACCUCGUUCUGGUUACCGGAUGUUUUUCCGUUGGAAAGAUCGGUGAAUCAGAAGUUUUCCGAAUAACGCAGUCGAGUUUUGUACCUCUGUUCUACAGUCAAGGAAUGGAGGAUCGCGUGUCUGAAGUCAGGAAGGUCCUGAAUUCUGGAACAUUUUAUUUCUCUUGGUCUGCUGGACAGAAGUCGCUCGAUAUUACGUUGAGCGCUCAGAGAAGAUGCAAAUCUACGACUACGGAUAAUAGGUUCUUCUGGAAUCGAAUGUUGCAUAUUCAUCUAUUGAGAUACGGCGUAGAUACGAGUCAAUGGUUAUUGAAAGCAAUGUGUGGCAGUGUAGAGAUUAGAACCGUCUAUGUUGGACACAGACAAGCUCGAGCGGUGCUCAUGUCUAGAUUAAGUUGCGAACGUGCUGGUACUAGAUUUAAUGUUAGAGGAACUAAUGAUGACGGACACGUAGCGAAUUUCGUGGAAACAGAACAGGUGAUCUAUAUAGACAACGAAGUGACAUCUUAUGUUCAGACAAGGGGUUCGGUACCACUGUUCUGGGAGCAACCUGGUGUACAAGUCGGUUCCCACAAAGUGAAAAUAUCACGCGGUUUCGAGACUUCCGCGCCUGCCUUUGACAGGCAUUUAGAUAUGAUCAAAAAGCGUUACGGUCAGCAAGUCAUCGUUAAUCUUCUUGGCUCCAGUUUGAUCGGCAGCAAAGAAGGGGAAGCAAUGUUGAGUCAAUUGUUUCAAACCCAUCACAAUAUGUCGGAGCACAAAGACGUGCCGCACAUCCUGUUUGAUUAUCAUCAGGAGUGUCGCGGUGGAAAUAUGAAAAAUCUGUCGAAGCUAAAGGCAAAGGUCGAAAAGUAUCUGGAGUCGUUUUCGCUGUUUUAUGCUGUCGGUAAUACUGUAAUUCUUGAACAGACUGGCACCAUCAGAACAAAUUGUUUGGACUGUUUGGACAGAACAAACUGCGUGCAAACAUUCUUUGCGCUCGAGAUGCUUGCUAAACAGAUGGGUUUGUUGAAACUGAUGGAGAAGCAGCAGAUGGUUUCGAGAUUUGAGGAAGUGUUUCGUCAGAUGUGGAUCAACAAUGGUAACGAGGUCAGCAAGAUAUACGCAGGUACUGGUGCCAUCCAGGGCAGUUCUAAGCUAAUGGACGGUGCGAGAUCGGCAGCUAGGACGAUACAAAAUAAUUUACUGGAUUCCAACAAGCAGGAAGCGAUCGAUAUCCUAUUAUUAGGUUCAACAUUAAAUACAGAAUUAGCUGACAGAGCACGUUUAUUGUUACCAUCUAACAUGUUACAUGCCGCACCGAACCUUUUGCGAGAAAUGUGCAAACGGUAUAACGAGUAUGUGGAUACAAUGAAUCUCAGAGUAAGCAUCGGUACUUACAACGUUAACGGAGGCAAGCAUUUUAGAAGUGUAGUUUAUAAGGAUGUAUCCCUGGCCGAUUGGUUAUUCGAUGGACCAAACAGAUCUUCAUUCUUAGUAUCCUUACAACAGGAAGACAAUGUUCCUGUAGAUAUAUUCGCAAUAGGAUUCGAGGAAAUCGUCGACUUAAAUGCCAGUAAUAUUAUGGCCGCCAGUUCGGAUAAUGCCAAGGCUUGGGCUGAGGAACUGCAGAAGGUGCUAUGCAAAGACACAGAAUACGUUCUCGUGACAUAUCAGCAGCUGGUAGGCGUCUGCCUCUAUUUAUUCAUACGACCUGUACACGCACCGUAUCUGCGCGACGUAGCAGUGGAUUGCGUGAAAACGGGAUUGGGAGGCGCUACCGGAAACAAAGGCGCUGCAGCAAUUAGAUGCGUCCUAUACUCCACGUCCUUUUGUUUCGUGUGCGCGCAUUUCGCCGCUGGCCAGUCUCAGGUGAAUGAACGUAACGCUGACUAUGCCGAGAUCACAAGGAAGAUAACAUUUCCUAUGGGUAGAACGCUGAACACUCAUGACUAUGUGUUUUGGUGUGGUGACUUCAACUAUAGAGUCGACAUGGAUAAGGAUGAAAUGAAGGAAUUGAUCAAGCAAAGUGAAUUGGAUCAGAUACUGCAAUACGAUCAAUUGAGGGUUCAACAAGAACAGGGCAAUGUCUUUAAGAACUUCCAGGAAGGACCCAUUACUUUCGCUCCUACGUACAAAUAUGAUUUGUUCUCGGACGAUUAUGACACCAGCGAGAAGUGUCGUCAACCCGCAUGGACAGACAGAGUUCUUUGGAAACGCAGGAAGCAAAUACCUGAUAUUGACUCGCCUACAGAUUGGAAUUCAGGAAAGUUGGUUUAUUACGGCAAAGCGGAAUUGAAGCAAAGUGAUCAUCGACCAGUAAUUGCCACGAUUGAUAUAGACGUGCACUGUGUCGAUCCCGAGAAGCGUGAGUGCGUGUUCAAAGAAGUGAUACAAGAUCUGGGUCCUCCCGAUGGUACGAUAAUAGUCAAAGCGGUGGAAGAUAUCGAGGAUAUGGAUAGUGUGUUCGAUAAUAAUCUUAUGUUCGCGCUGAUACAAGACCUAUCUCACAUCGGCGAGGCAAUUCUAGUACGUUACGUCGGCGAGACUAUCUGGGUGACAUUCAGGGAUGGCCAGUGCGCCCUGGCUGCGGCGAAGAAGGGCAUGACGCAGGUGUGCGGUCAAACAUUAAAAUUGUCGCUAAAAUCACCUGAUUGGAUACAGCAGAUCGAAAAAGAAAUCGAAAUCUGCAGUAACACUACAGUCGCUCAGUUCACGGCGGACUCGCCAUUAAGAAGUCCCAUGCAACGAUUGGAACAAUUGGAGAUUGCCGAGCGGCCAUCUCCCAGCAGAGGUAGCCCAAAUGGCAUAAUUCCACCACCGAGACCAGCACCACCGGGUCGACCCUCCCAGCCACCGAAAAGUCCCGCUCACGAGCGAAAGCAAAUACCACGAGCGGGUGUCUUCAGCGUGAUUCCCAACCAAUUCGCGCGCCCAAUGACGUCACCGGUUGCGGAUACGAUGGAGGAUGAUCGACAAGACGAGAGACUUUCGCCGGAUUCAGCUAUAUACGAGGAAAUACUUGAUGGAUCGCCUAGUUACCCUGUACCAAAUCGACCACCGCCGCCUUUACCACGUAUGGACGGUCCUCAGGAAUCAUUGAGUAGACCACCGCCCAGCUCAGUACCUCCUCCAUUGCCGCAUAGACAAGCUCCGCCGCCUCCGCAGCACCCACCACCGAGUCUACCCCCAUCGAACGCUCCACCACCUGUUCCAGCAAGAACCACCGGUGGGCCGCCUAUUCCGGCCAGAAAUCCUCACUAAAAGACAGACGAAAGAGUAGAUAGGACGCAUAAAUGGGACAUAAAUCCUAUUAGGCCAGACUUCCGGUACGCUUAGCAUUAAUCUAGUACGUGUGAUUAUUUAUGAGAUUAAACGACGAGACGACAAUAGUCGGCGAGUCUUCACUUCCAAACUGAGUUACAGAUCCGCGUAGCAUAUUUAAGAAUCCCAAAUCUGUUCUGUGAUUACUCUAAAAGCGAUCGGUGGUCAUCGCGAGUCGGAGUAAUUGCAAGUCAUUUCGAUCUCUGAUCGCGAAUAUAAUUAAUUAUAGUAAAUUUGUACUCGUAGAUUAUUCUUGAGCUUAUCGAACACUGUAUUUUGUAUUUCCAUAUGUUGAUGGUAAUAUAAUCGUGUUAAUCUGUUCUCGCGAUAACACGAGAAACCAUUGUUUUUGCAUCGAAUGUUUAAAGUGGCGCGAACGAUUAUUGUUUCGAAGAUCCAAUCGAUUUAUAAUUGUUGACACAGAUUUAAAAAUGUAUAUUCAAAGCCCGUUGAAAUCGUUGUAAAAUUGGAUAUAUCACAAACACGUUAAUAUAAUCAUCAGAGUUUAAACAGCGAAAUACUUACGAUAAUAAUGUUAUAGUUGUCACUGCUUGUAUUAUAUAUUAAUAACUUAAAAUGUUAAUUCUCAAUGUUAGAAUUACUUUUAAGGUUUAGGAGUCUUCUACGAUAUCUUAGUAGCGUAAAAACUACCAAAAAAAUAUGUAACUAAGACUCCGAGGAGCGAAUUUAAUUUUACAAUUAAUCGUGUGUAGUAUGGUGUAAUAGAAGGAAAAUGAUAGACUCAAACAACAGUAUUCUCACAGAUGUAAAGUAAGAUAUUUCUUAUAAUUGCCCUGAAUUUCCUCUUUCUUGCACGCGAUGCUGAAAGCGGCUAAUUUAAUUAAUUUAAGCUCAUCCUGUAAUUAUGUUCGUUUAUAUAUCUCUUUUUUAUAUAUCUAAUUUCAAAGUUCCUAUAUUUUGCAUUCCAUCAAAAUUUUUAGAACGUCCGUCCCAACGGGUCCAACGAUCACCUAUAUUUCUUUCUUAACGCCUCGCAAUUUUUGAUUCUCCAGAGAACACAGUAUCAUGUUUCCUAUUAUAAUAUUUACAGAGUGAAUAACAAAUACAAAUUAAAUGAAGAAUAGUCAUUACGUAAGCGUCAUAAUUUUCAAGAAAAUACGUAUGAUAUGGCAGCCAAAAUGUUAAUUUAUGGGUGUUUUCCAACAGAUUAAACACUGUCGUACUAUCACAUUAUUACAAUUAAUAACAUUAAGUUUAUUUGCGUUGCUUGAAAUCCCCCAAAAUUUUUGCACUUGAAAGGAGAUAAAUAUACAUUCGGACAUGAAGAGAGAGAAAGCGAAGAUGCCGAAUGCAAAAAGUACAAGCAACACAAACAGACCUUAUUAUUAUUAUAUAUUCACCUGCAAAAAAUAUAUAAUUCUUGAAAUAUUGAUAACUAAAACAUUUUGCACGCUUUGUACUUAAAUGUUUACAUUGUCGAGCAGUGCGACAUUGUAUUACAGUUAAAAUAUUUCGUAUUGAGCGUAAUAUUAUCCUGUAUCAUCACAUAUGUCAGAAUGAAAUAUGGCUCCGCAUAAAAGCGGUCGACUCAUUGGUGGGAUCCCAAGUUCAUCCUGUAUUUCCUCUUGAAAUCGUUUUUCAUAAUUUUUCCAUGUUGAAGAUUUAACAAUCCUUUAUAUGGCUUGUCUUCGUCGUGAGAACAGAGUAAUGAUACAUUCAUUCACAAAAUAAUAUACUCAUUUGCAAAAAAAAUAUAUUCCACAGUGACUUAUAUCUUGUAAGUCACUGUUGUUACAUUAAUAUUUUUUGCAGCUGAGUAUAUUACUAUUUUAUUGCUAUUUGCUUUUAGAUAACGAAAAAUCAUUUAAAGUGAAAAUAUACAUAGGAUAAACGAAUCUUAAAAUGGUUUUCCGUUACCUUUUAAUGAUUAAAAAAUUUGUCUAUUUCUAUCGUGAUAUCGUUUUCUGCAUAAAAAUAGUGUAAUAAAAUAAUUGAUAAUAAUAUGUCUAUCAAAAAAAUAUAUAAAUAACAGCCUAUAUUUUUGCGAGUAAGCAUAUUAUACCCUAUUUUCACGCAGAAGAUAGCAUCAUUACGAGUUUUAUCAAAUUGCAGUACAGAGAAAAAUCUUUUUUUCUAAGCUUUUAAUUUUAGUUCUAUAAAUUGAGUGCUGUUCGAUCACGAAAUGUGAAGCAAUUUUAUUUUGUCCAUGUAAGCUGUAAAAUUUUAGUCAGUCAAGAGCUGAAAAAAAUGUAACUUCUACCUUUUUUCAUUUUUAGUAUAAAAAUUGUCUGCCUCACAU